AUGUUAAACAUCUCACGAUGCACCAAUCGACUUGGUGCAGUUGUUGUACAGCGAAGAUGGAUUGCGGGAGUGUCGAAGGAAACUAUGUUCGAUAUAAUAAAUAAUGCCAAAAGUUUGAAACAAUUGCAAAUACUCAAGAAUGAUGAAAGGGUGCAUACUUAUGUUGGAGAAACACUACGAAAUCCUACGCAGGAAACUGUUCAUGAAUUGAUGCAGGUGAAGAGGAAGAUGUUGCGUUCUCUUGGAAAGGAUUAUUUUUUGGCGGUGAAUUAUAUAGAGCAAAGCAUACCAGUAGAUGUCGACAGGCUCAAGUUCCGAACAGAAUUUCAGAAACAAGUGACACCAUAUCAAUAUGACAUGUUUGUCAAAACUCUCAGUCAUUUGAGAACCAAAAAAGGUUAUGAUAGGCCCACUAGGAGGAAAGAAUUAUACAAGGCUAUAGAGUUGCAUAGGUGGUGUAAUCCAAAAAUAACAAAAGAAUCCGGAAUUCUUCUUCCUGAAGAUAUCCACAAAUGGUUUUAUAUGUUUGUACCGAAAGAAGACCGCUUGAGUCAUUACAAUUUUCUAAUAGAAAACAACGUUGUAAUUGCGGGCGAUUCCGCAGAAAGGUUCCAGUCCCUGAUGCUCACUGGAUCACAAUUAGAAUACCAAGUGGCUACUUUCCAACAUUUCAUCAGAGAUCCAACUAAAAGGCAUCUCUUCGAGGAGAAAUUUAUUAUAAUGCAUGCGUUCAAACCUAUAAAGAACGUCGUUGAUACACUCAUCGAAAAUAAUGAUAUUGAGCAUAUUAAAGAGUAUUUUGAUGCUCUCAUAACAAGACUAGAACACGUUGAAUUGAAGAAUGAAAAAAUUCCUUAUGUUAUCAGAAAAUCGUACUUCAACCAGUUUAUGCUUUCACUCCUGUGUUUUGCAAGACACACAUAUUCUGUUGAAAUGUUCUUACAAGUAACCCAGGAAUUCUUGAAUUCGUUACCAAAAAAUACUCCAGUUACCUUUAUACAGAAACCAUUUGCUGAAAUAAUCAGUCAUUUCCAGAAAAACCAAGAUACAGAAACGGUGUUCAAACUUAUGAGCUUGUUCGACAAGUUCGCAUUAACUAAACCAAACAGUAAGUUUACAAACGAGAUGCUAGGACGCAUAGUACACUCAUUAAGGAGUUUUAAAGACCCAAAACUUACAAUGUCAUAUAUUUUGAGCACUUAUUGUGAUGAAAAGACUCGGAUAAGGUUGAAUUCUCUGGGCCUUUGGUGCUUAAUAUUUGAUAACAAGUUCGGUCAUUUACCUUUACAAACUAUUAGUCACCCUGAAAUGAGAAAGAAAUACAUCACUGUGAAUGUACCAAAGCGAUUGAAGUAUAAAGGAACACCGGACACAGCGAUUUUGAAUGAGUUAUACAUCGUGGUAUUUGACUACUACAAAAAGAAGUUAUCUAAAGAAGAGUAUAAAGAACUUGUUUUGAAAUGCUUCAGUGCGUACUGUCAUUACUUAAAAAAAGAUCUUCCCGAUAAUGAACGAUGGAAGAUUGACACUAGCAUUUUAAGAACGAUGAUACAUCGCGCAAAAUAUGAUCUAAGAGAUAAUAGACUAGCAUUUGAUAUGCUGAUAAAAUUCUAUUCUUUAAAUUUGAAACCGAGAUUUGAUUCUAAAAGCGCGCCAUUCGGGCUUGUCCUUUAUGGAAAUGAUAGCAUUUCGCAAGAAGAGUUCAACCAGGUUUUGAAACUCAUGCAGGAGUGUAACGCACCCAUGGACUCGAAACUAUUCAUCACUAUCAUUCUGAGAUUCCUUAAAUCAGAUGAUAUUCAUUCGGCUCAUGAAUGGUAUAACCGUUUUUUGAAAGUGGGAUUUCAUCUAAAGCAUUUUACAUUAAUAGAAGAAGCAAAAAGGCUUGAAUGGAAAGUACCUGAAACUGCCGAAAAGUACUAUCAAGAAUGCGAAGAGAAGAAUAAACUUGAAAAAAAUGAAAGUUUCGACGAUAUUUACUUGCAAAGUCCUGUGGAAGACUCCUACACGGAAGAGAUUUUGAAGAUUGCAGAAAAGCUUGGUGAGUUUGUCAAUGUUUCAGAAAACAAAAGAGAAGAAUCAAGCAAAACCAUAAUUGAAGACUGCUGA